AAAAUUCUAGUUCAACAACCUUUACCCAAAAUGAUAUUUCUUCAUGUUUUAUGUGAUAACCACCCAGCAAUCUCUUUUUACCGAAAAAACGGAUUUUUCCAUCACGCAACAAUUUCAAAUUAUUACCAAAUUGGGGAUGCUUAUUUUGAUGGUUUUACUUUUGUAAAGCAUCUAAAUACUUCAAAUUAUUAUGGAUCUUUUAAUAAUUUGCUCACUUCAAUUUAUAAAUGUUGUACCUCAUUAAUUGAAUUUUUGGCAUCUCCUUUUCGACGUUGUGGAGGUGGUGGGGGUGGUGGUACUAGUAGAAAAUCUUCGAUAAACAAAAAAGAAAAAAGUGAUGAUAAACUUGUCAGUAUUUGUAGUAACCGGUGAAAUUAACUCUACUGAAAGACUUCGUUAUAAGAUACACCUCUAUCUAAGCUACACCCAAUAUCAAGGGCGUAGCUGGAGGGGGGGUAGCUGUAGCCCUCCCCCUCCCGAAAUGGGGGAUAAAUUGGAAGACCUCUAUUUAAGAGACGUUUUUUAAUUUUAAUUGGCCAUUGGAUGGGUGGGGGAACCUCCAAUAAAGGAGAUCCUUUAAUAAUGAGAGGGCGCGCCGAAAUUUGCG